GCCGCUACCACCGGGCGGAUCCGCGCGUCUGCCGGAGCUUCUUUCGUCGUCUUACUUUCGUGGCCCGGAGCAGGGACAUUAUGCCGAAGAGAAAGUCUCCAGAGGGUGCUGAAGGCAAGGAUGCAGCAAAAGUAACUAAACAAGAGCCCACAAGACGAUCAGCAAGAUUGUCAGCUAAACCUGCUCCGCCAAAACCUGAACCCAAACCAAGGAAAACCACAAAGAAGGAACCUGGGACAAAGGCCAACAAAGGUGCUAAAGGGAAGAAGGAUGAAAAGCAAGAAGCUGCAAAGGAAGGUACUACACCAUCUGAAAAUGGUGAAAAUAAAGCUGAAGAGGCUCAGAAAACUGAAUCUGUAGGUGACAAGAAUGAAUGAAAUGUCAUGAAAAAAAA